AUGCGAGGCCGUACGGGCGUGCGCCACGGGUGCAUAUAUGUGGCACCGGUUGCGGAAGAGUGCACUGGACGGCGAGAGGAGGUUGUUGGCCAACCGAUACCAAACGCGAGACCAUCAAACAGGACGUUAUUUUGUAGAAAAUGCGAAGGACACGGGUUACAAGUUGUCCUAAAGGGACAUGCAUCAAGAUGUCCUUACAACAACUGUCAGUGUAAGACUUGCUCAAAUGUGAUGUCAAUGAGGGCGAACGCAAUCAUCCGAAGAUAUCGUACGCGAACUUUAGAAGGAGGUCUUGUGCUUAAGCCGGUGCAUUUCAAAAAUGGCAAUACCCGACUUAGAGUUUUUCCUAAAUACGUCGAUGGUGAUUAUUCGAAAGUUAAUUUUAAUUCGUGA